GAAGCGGCGACAAGCCCUUUUUUUGUGGUGACGUGGCCAGCCAACAGUUUCCGAUGGAAAGGCAAGAACUUCAGUAACUGGCCAGCAGUUGGCGAGACAAGUUGCGACAGUGAUGGCGUGAUCGUUUCUCUUCUCGUUCAAGGACACCUCGUCCCAAUCGAAAAAUGGCUACAAAUUCAACUGUUUCUCUUUCGAUGAAAUUCGACAGGACAUCCAUUUUAGGAAGUGGGGGUUACGGGGUCGUUUUUAGAGGAGAAUGGAACAAUAAAAUAGUUGCAGUCAAGCGAAUUGAAAAAAAAAACAAAUUGUGAAAACAACAAAAGAGAAGAUGCGCUGAAAAAACUCCACCAUCCAAAUGUCGUCAAACUUUAUCACGUUGACAGCGACUGGACAGUGAUUUCAGAUAUUAUGCGCUGGAACUGUGCCAGGCAUCGCUGGAUCACAAAUUCUUGGAUGAGACGAACCCGAAAAAAUAUCGUGGACUCAUGCCCCCAGAAAAAAAAGUUUGUCUCCAGUUGGCCAAGGGAUUGGCGCACAUUCAUAAUAACCGAUUGAUCCAUCGACAUCUCAAACCGGAAAACGUUCUCAUCUGGGUGGAUUCCAUCGGAGAAAAAGUGUUAAUGAAAUGGGCCGAUUUCGGACUUGGUAAACAAGUGAACGAAAGAGGAAGUCAUUCCAUAAGUGGAAUGAGAGGAACCAACAACUGGUUUUCCCCUGAGAUAAUGAAGAUAUUUGAAGAGGAAGAAAAUGAUUGUAAAACUACGACGACAACACCCAACAUUCGACAGAGAGGAACCGUCAAGAGCGACGUUUUUAGCGCGGGACUUGUUUUCGGCUAUUACCUAUUAGGCGGUGAUCAUCCUUUUGGUUCAGCUGUAAAUGUUCUACCAAACAUUGUCAGGAAUAGGCCAGUCAAUAUGACAAAAAUAAAAGAACAUCUCAUGCACGCGAUCAUCAUGGAAAUGUUGAAAGAUAAUCCCGACGAGAGGAUUUCAUCGGCCGACGUCGUAACAAGAAUCAACAACUUGAUAGAACUCCAGUUAAGAAUUGGGCGAUCGGUUCAACCGAACUUUGUCACAAUCGAUGGGAAUUGAGAAACAAAG